AUGGAGGAUGAUUGGCAUGUAUUCUUCGGCUAUCAUGCUACUAAUCUUUGUUGGCGGGCAGCAGGUUUAUCUACUAUUGUUGAUCAUCGGCUACAAACUUUUAGUGAUGCUAAGUCUAUUAUCCUUGAUAUUUAUAAUAAAGAAGAUAAGAAAGAUGCGGGUCGUUUUGCUCUGGUGUUAGAGAGUCUUUGGAAGAAUAGUAAUAAUAUUGUGUGGAAUAAUAACAGGGAGGAUCUUUGGGGUUGGUGCCUUCGGGACAAUAUGGGAAGGUUUACCAUUGCAGGUGUAGCAUGGGAUAACGACAUUUUGUCUCCCUUAGAAGCUGAAGCUUUGGCUCUGAAGGAAGCCAUUCAUAGUGUUCUAACCAUGAAUCUGAAUAAUGUUAUUUUUGAAAGCGACUCUCAGGUGGUGAUUCAUGGAAUUAAUUCUACGGUUACCGGUAGGUCUGAGCUUAAUGCUCUUAUCAUUUCUAUCCAAAGAUUGUUGAGUUCUGUUACGAACUUUAAGGUUAAGUUUAUUACACUGUCGUCCAAUUAG